AAAAAGGAGAGUGAGAGAAAAAAAGAAAGAAAAAAGAAGAAAGAAAGAAAGAAAGAAAGAAAGAAAGAAAGAAAGAAAGAAAGGAGAAGAAAGAAAAAAGAAAGGAGGCAAAGAUGUUAAUGAGUGUUUGGGAGCUGGUGUGCGCUUUUGUGGGUGUCACUUUCCUGGUGGAAGGGGUGAGAGGCGCUUACGGGAUGAGUAUGUUCGCGGCCCAGCAGACCCCCCCGGACCCGUGCUACGACGAGACCGGGAACCCGAGGCGCUGUAUCCCGGACUUCGUCAACUCGGCGUUCGGCAAAGAGGUCCGGGUGUCCAGCACCUGCGGGAAGCCCCCCUCCCGCUACUGCGUGGUGGCCGAGAAGGGCGACCAGAGGUCCCGGACCUGCCACGUCUGCGACUCGACCGACCCCAAGAAGGGGCGCCCGCCCGCCUUCCUGACCGACCUGAACAACCCCCACAACCUGACCUGCUGGCAGUCCGAGAGCUACCCCCAGGCCCCCCAGAACGUCACCCUGACCCUGUCCCUGGGCAAGAAGUUCGAGGUCACCUACGUGAGCCUCCAGUUCUGCUCUCCCCGACCCGAGUCCAUGGUCAUCUACAAGUCCAUGGACUACGGCAAGGCCUGGGUGCCCUUCCAGUUCUACUCCACCCAGUGCCGCAAGAUGUUCGGCAAAGCCAACAAGGCGCCCAUCACCAAACAGAACGAGCAGGAGGCCAUCUGCACCGACUCGCACACCGACAUGCACCCGCUGACCGGCGGCCUGAUCGCCUUCAGCACUCUGGACGGCCGCCCCUCGGCCCACGAUUUCGACAACAGCCCCGUCCUCCAGGACUGGGUCACGGCCACCGACAUCAAGGUGGUGUUCAGCCGCCUGCACACCUUCGGCGACGAGAACGAAGACGACCCGGAGCUGGCCAGGGAGUCCUACUACUACGCGGUGUCCGACCUGCAGGUCGGGGGUCGGUGCAAGUGCAACGGCCACGCUUCCCGGUGCAUCAGGGACCGGGACGGCCACUUGGUGUGCGACUGCAAACACCACACCGCGGGGCCGGAGUGCGACCGAUGCAAACCGUUCCACUACGACCGACCCUGGCAGCGCGCCACGGCCAGAGAGGCCAACGAGUGUGUAGCUUGCAACUGUAACCUACACGCCCGAAGAUGUCGCUUUAACAUGGAACUCUUCAAGCUUUCUGGUCGGAAGAGCGGUGGGGUCUGUCUGAACUGUCGUCACAACACGGCUGGUCGCCAUUGCCACUACUGCAAGGAGGGCUACUACCGUGACAUGACAAAGCCAAUCACUCACAGGAAGGCGUGCAAAGCAUGCGAUUGCCAUCCGGUGGGUGCAGCUGGCAAAACCUGUAACCAAACAACAGGUCAAUGUCCCUGUAAAGAUGGUGUGACCGGCAUCACGUGCAACAGAUGCGCUAAAGGUUACCAGCAAAGCCGAUCUCCCAUUGCCCCCUGCAUAAAAAUCCCAAUGGUCACACCUGCCACUGCCAUCAGCAGUACAGAGGAACAUGCCGACUGCGAUUCGUACUGCAAGGCUUCCAAAGGAAAACUGAAAAUAAACAUGAAAAAGUACUGCAAGAAAGAUUACGCUGUCCAAGCCCACAUUUUGAAGGCAGAGAAAGCCAGCGACUGGUGGAAAUUUAUCGUGAACAUCAUCUCGGUGUACAAACAGGGAGGCAAACGGAUACGGCGAGGAGAUCAAUUCCUCUGGGUCCGCUCCAAGGACAUCGCCUGCCGGUGUCCGAAAAUAAAAACGGGGAAGAAGUACCUGAUCUUAGGAAACGACGAGGAUUCUCCAGACCAGAAUGGGGUCGUAGCGAACAAAAACAGUUUGGUGAUACAAUGGAGGGACACAUGGGCGAGGAGGCUGCGAAAAUUCCAACAGAGGGAGAAGAAAGGCAAGUGCAAAAAGGCAUAGAAAGAGACUGUGCUGCUUGAGUGUGAGCAGGAGCAGACGUUAGGAUAAAAUUAGGAACUUGCGAAGGAAUUCAUCUGGCAGUUUGGGAUUUUUGGAAUUGCCGAGUUUGCAUCUAAUGCUGAUUUCAAAUUCAAAAAAUAAAUGAAAUUACAAUAAAGAUGGACUUCUCUUUACAUAACAGCUCUGUAUCUUCUGAAAAAGAAGACCAGUGUGGUUACACAACCAAAAUACUUUCACUUCUUUGCUCUUUCUGCAUAUAAAGCAGUUUGAGUUUCGUUAAAGGGGGAAAACACACAAUCAUAAACUCUGAUUCCGGAUUAAGCGCUAGGUCUCGUGCCAGCAUUUGCUUUGAUUCUGACCAAGUUGUUAACUUUUUAACGAUAUAAUUAACCUGAACUGUUUCAGUUUCUGCCUUCUUCCCGAGCCCUGGUUAACACUCAGCAUGUGGAAUGCAGUGCUAUACUGUAAGCUAGCCUGUGGAGAACCACAGUCUCCUUAUGGGCAAUUGUUAUGGGCAUUGUAUUGCUAACUCCCAAUGUUUUUAAAGAGUAAAGAAAAACUUUCUAAAACUUCACAGUGCCACUACAAUAUUUUGUUUCCUUUACUUUCUCCCUACCUUCAUUUCACCUCUCGACAAGUUUGCCGACAUUCAUUUAGCUCUAAGUGCUAAAAUACUGGACGCCACACUCUGCCUCGUGAUUAAAGCAUCGUGCCAAUGUCCCUUUGAUCAGAAAUUCUCUGAGCUUAUUAUGAAUCUAUUCUACAGAGGAAUUUUAUGAUAAAUUGGAUCCACUUUUGUGUCUGCAGAAAGACUAGCUGCAAAAGAGCGUCAAGGAGGGUAAAUACAAAUCAAUACACGCAAGAAAUACUGUAUUCAAAUAGAAAAACUCUUAGUAUAAAUUUUGCCGAAAUAAAGCUAUAUUUUCUUUUCAAAUGAAUUCUGUUACAGGUUCACGAAAGUGCUAGUAUUGCUGCACAAGAACAAGAAAAAAAAAUGCAAAUUCACUGGCUUCUUUUAUCCUUCUACGAAAGAAAAGUAACAUAUAGUCAAAUUCAUUAAAGUUUUGUAUUUGUAUAGGUAGUACUUCAUUGAAAGACCUGGGUAGAUUUUAAAUUACUCGCAGCCAGAAAAUGUAAUCUUUUAGAUAAAAAAAAUACAACCUAGAGGAUGUAUCCAAUUCCUUCCCCAUAUUCCCCCGACAGACCUGUUGGUUCUGAUCCAUUGCCUUGCACAGUAAACUUCACACCUGCAUGUUUACAGUUCGAACUGUGGAUGUGAUUACGGUCAAUAACUUACCAUGAAUGAUUUCAGUUCUACUGGGGCAAAGUGACAUAUCAACCUUGCCGAUCAGUGUCUCCAUUAACCAGCCAACUCAGGUCGCAUGAAUGACCCUUGCCUUUACUGUGACCCUGUUUACAAGUGCGUGCAACUCAUUCUCUAACUCACAACUACGGGCUAAGAAAUAUAAAGUAGAAGUGACUAACAUUAAACCAGUAUAUCGUACAAUUUUAAAAAUGCCGUAUGAAGUAGAUUCCUUAAGUCUGAAGAAAUAAGAGGUACUAAAGAAAAGAAUGAGUUCUGUAACAGGGUAAACAUCCUCAAGGUACCUCACGGCUGCACAUUUAGUGUGCGACUGCAUUGACUGACAUUAUUCGAGGUGUGUUUAUAUUGAUGUAAUGUAGUUCUGGAUAAAGAAUUUUAUAUCAGUUCAGCCAUACUCCUGCUAACCUAGACUUUAUAACGACGAUCUCCCCUGUUACACAGACCUGUCGGGCUCUGCUUUUAUCUGUUAAUAAGUUGAACUGUAAAUGUUGUUUAGUUAUGAUCACUGCAUAGUUUUCAAUGUUUUCCUACAAUGCAUACUAAUAUAUUAUCAUUAUUAUAUAUGAAUAUAUUUAAUUACACAUAAAAAAAAAUUGUGGAUUUUUUUUUGGUUGUUAGAUGGCUGUAAUUGAACCAGACGUGAAAAUGUACUAUAACUGCUGAACACCCCACACUUGAUAGAACUAAAUCCAGAAUUCAGUUGAAUAAAGUCUUGUAAACAAUA